AACCGAGAGAGACCUCGAAGUUCCAGUGUCUUCCUGCUUCCGCCCCGCCCUCGCCCUCGCGAACUGUUGCUCUUUUCGUAUCUUAUCUUCAGAUUUGACAGAUUUAUUCUCUUCCUUCUCUCUGUUUCUAGCUGUUAGUGGUUGCUUCGAAAUCGAUGGCUGGGGUCUCCAGAAAACCGGACCGAGACCGCUCCAUGGAGUUCAAGGGUUUCUUGAACGACCUGAAAGACUGGGAUGACUUGCUUAAGGACAAGGACGAGAAGCUGAAGGGCCAUGCCCGCCGGAACAAAAAGCCGGACUCACUGCAGAAUCCUGGAAUUAUUGAUGGAUAUAAAGAACCUCCAAGAAAGGUUCCAGCAGUUGGUGUUAAGCCAAAAUCUGAUGUAGUUUUUGAUUUUUCUUCUGAUGAUCAUUCCGCACCGUAUGAUUAUUCAAAAUAUACUGAUGCAAUUGGCCAGAUAUACAGUAGCAAUCUGAAUGAUGAAGCUUUACCUGAUGCUGCAUCAGAGAAAGAGCUGGGUAACGAAUAUUUUAAGCAAAAAAGGUUUCUCGAAGCCAUUGAGUGCUACUCAAGAAGUAUUGCACUAUCUCCUACUUCUGUUGCCUUUGCAAAUAGAGCUAUGGCUUAUCUCAAACUUAGAAGAUUUGAAGAGGCCGAGAAUGACUGUACGGAGGCCUUAAACUUGGAUGAUCGUUAUGUCAAAGCAUACUCACGUAGAGCUACUGCCAGGAAAGAACUUGGAAAGCUUAAAGCAUCAUUAGAGGAUGCUGAUUUUGCUGUGAGACUUGAUCCAAAUACUCAAGAACUUAGAAAGCAGUACUCUGAGAUAAAAGCUUUGUAUGAGAAGGAGGUUGCCAACAGGAAAUCUGGAGCCUUAAAAGAGGCAAGUAAAGAGAGCCAACGGGCAGAUGGCUUGCAAGUGGAAUCAAAAAUUAUCCAAGAUGAUUAUUUGAUCUCAAAUAGAGUCCACAACGCAGCAGCAAGUUCACAUAAAUCCAGUGUGGUGAAAAAUGAACGUGUCCAACACAAGCAUGAGCUGAAAGCAUCACUGCAUGAUGUCGCCUCUCGUGCUGCUUCUCGAGCUGUGGCUUCAGCAGCUAAAAAUAUUACUUCUCCAAAGUCAGCUUAUGAAUUUGAGGUUUCUUGGAGGGCACUUUCUGAUGAUUCUGCUCAAGCUCAGUUGCUAAAGAUGAUCCCACCUUAUACACUGCCUCAGAUCUUUAAAAAUGCCCUGUCGGCACCAAUUUUAGUUGACAUUAUUAAGUGCAUUGGCACAUUUUUCAAGGAAGAUACUGAAUUAGCUAUUAGUCUUCUAGAUAAUAUGGUCAAGGUGCCACGAUUUGACAUGAUAAUCAUGUGCCUUUCAGCUAAGGAUCAUUCUGAAGUCCAGCAAGUAUGGGAGGAAAUCUUCUCUACCAGGUACAUUCCAGUGGCUCACACGGAAGCAUUAGCUCGGCUUCGACCAAAAUAUUGUUACCGGGAGCAGCAGGAGAAAAAUUAGACAAUUACGUUUGUGUAUUUGAAAAUUUUUUACUUAGACAAGUAUCAUGUAUAAACCUUUGUGCAUUUGUUUAUAAGCAGAAAAAUUAAUCUUAAGUUAAA